CCGCGCAUUCGGGUCGUUCCACGUGGGCGUCAGUUUUCUGAUACAGUUCCGGAAAUAGUUGAUUAUAUAUUUUAACAUGAAAUAGGAUAUAGUUAUCGGUGGUAGAUUUGGGUAAUGAUACAUAUUAUAAUAUGCGAUAUUAAUUUAUCUAAUACACUUGUAUGUAUAUAAAUACAGAGAUUUGCAGAAGAGAGAAGGCAGAUUUUUUGUGAAUGCUAAUAUCUCAGAAACUUUUAUAUUAUUCUAAAAUUAUUGGUUUUAUGGAUGUGAUGAUUAUAUAAAAUUUGAUGUCCUAAAGAUCAGAAAUUUUUUUUAGUUAUCAAUUUACAAUAAAUCUUUUAUCUCUCUUUCUCUCUUUGCUCUCUCUUUUGUAAUUAGUUUUAAUUUUUUAAAUUUCUGACACAUAAAUACAUGGUAUCUAUAAUAUUACUCUAAUGCAUUUGCUUUUUUAUUUUUUUAUAGUAUAAUAUACAAGUAUAUAUUACAAGAGAUUAUUUAAAAUUAAGUAAUAUUUGUGUUAAUGUCUAUAUCGAGGCAUUCUCGUUGAAGUAAAAAAUAUAAUGCUUUAUGAUUAAUUUUAUUAUAUUUUUGUCCUGUUUUCUUGAAGAUGGAAUAUAUCGACGGCCGGAUCGCACACCGAUUCGGCGGAAUAUUGCGAGGGUGAUUUUCUCAUGGAGCAGAGAAUACAGAGCAAGAUAACCACGGUGGUGCUUGCGAUAUUUUUCGUAUCAUUGCUCGGCGUAGGAAUGGGUCAAACGGCGGUGUAUACUCUCGGUAUACCGUACAUCGACGACAACGUGGCCAGCAGAGAGAGCCCUUUAUAUUUCGCAAUCACCAUCGGGGUGCGGAUUCUCGGUCCAGCAUUAGGCUUCAUUCUGGGUUCCUUAUGCACGAUGGUCUAUGCAGACUUGACAAGGACUCCACAAAUCACGCCGACGGAUCCAAGAUGGGUCGGUGCUUGGUGGCUUGGAUUAGUCCUCAUCUCUGCAAUGCUGAUGUUCGUCAGCAUUGGGAUGUUCGCCUUCCCGACACGCUUGCCGAAGAGCAGGACACCCCCUCGACGAGCGGAUGCCAAGAAGCCCAGUCUUCGAGAUUUCCCGAGUGCAGUGAAACGACUUUUGAAGAACGACAUACUGAUGUUUAGAACAGCGAGUAGCGUGCUGCACAUCUUGCCGAUCGCCGGUCUUUACACCUUCCUGCCGAAGUACCUCGAGAGCCAAUUUCGUCUGCCGGCUCAUCAUGCGAACAUGAUCUCAGGUGUUGGCGGCAUCCUAGUUAUGGGAUUGGGUAUUAUAAUUAGUGGCGUAUUUAUCUUGAGAGCGAAGCCCAACGCGAGGUUCGUCGCAGCCUGGAUCGCCUUCACUGCGGUCGUUUACGCGAUCGGCAUGAGCGUAUUGAUGUUCAUUGGUUGUCCGAUGGACGAUUUCGCAGGGCUUGUGUCACAUCCCGACGGACUUUCCAGCUUCGAGCCGACCUGUGAGGCUACCUGCGGCUGCGACCGAAAUAAGUUCAGUCCAAUCUGCGGCGCGGAUGGUAGAACGUAUUUCUCCGCGUGUCACGCAGGCUGCUCGAAUUAUACGGUCUCCGACGGCAAAGUGGAAUCGUUUUAUAACUGUCAAUGCAUCGGACAGAACCUCACGGUACCGGAAGCAGUCAUCAGCACGGCGACGAUCGGUUACUGUAAACUCGAGUGCAGCAACUUUUGGGUUUAUAUGAUCCUGUUUUCGGUCUUCGUUUUUAUCCAUUCGACUAGCGAGGUAGGCUCCAUGUUGCUCAUUCUGCGAUGCGUGGAUCCCAGGGACAAGGCCAUGGCGCUCGGUCUGAUACAGUUCGCCAUCGGUUUGUUCGGUAAUUACUUGAUGAGACAUUAUUUUCAACAGUGGAGGUAUAUAACAUGACGCGUCUUUAUACAAGAACUUGUUUGAUCCGAAUAAAACGAGAAAGUAAACGCCUGAAGUUUGAUAAAAAAUUCUCGGUUUUGAAAAAAAUCUUAGGAGUUUAUAAUCAUGUUU